UGGAUGUAUUUUGAUUACUGUGUUGUUUAUUUAUAUAAAUAGCCAGUAAAUAUAAUGACGCAAAUAGAAUGGCAUUUAUCAUUAAUUAAGAAAUUAAUGUUGGGAAUUUUUUUUUUUGUUAAAGAAACUAGUGAAUUGCAAAGUUAACCAGGUUGGCACACAUUCAUAACUGGUUAUUCUUUGGAUGUGGCAUGCCCUUUAAAACAGACGGUUCUUUGAGUUAAACUGUUCUUUCUUCUUCGACUCCAUGAUUAUAUAGUUACAGACUUCCUGUUUCUUAUUACCAGAAUGUAAAUAUAUAAUUCACUGCUUUUCACAGAAAUGGAAUAGGAGAGAAAAACUAUCCUUCCUUCACAUGCUAAUUAAAACCCUGGAUAUACAAUUAUUAAUAUAUUUAUCUAAAUUGAUAGAUGAACGUCGAUAUCGUGAUUUUAUAGGAGCACUCCCCGAAUGUCUGGCUUGGAAUAUUCUAAGGUUUCUGACAGUUAAAGAAUUAGCUAUUGUUUGCCAGGUUUCGUCGCAAUGGUGUUCUUUAGCCAACAAUAACGAAGUCUGGAAAGUUAAGUAUCAUGAAUCUUUUAUUUGUUUACCAAGAUAUUUAGAUGAACAAUACCGUUGCUGGAAAGAAAUAUAUCGACAAGCAGUCAAGCUUCAUUUUAAUUGGACGAAUGGAUAUGCCAAGAGACUUGAAUUGUGUGGACAUAAAGACAAAGUGCUUUCAUUAUCUACGUACGAAGAUCUCUUGGCUACUGGUAGUUGCGAUAACACGAUCAAAGUAUGGAUUUUGUCAACUGCACAACUGAAGCAAACACUUGUGGGUCAUAAAAAGAGUGUUUGGUGUGUUCAUCUCUUCAGCCACAAUAUUGUGAUCAGUGGAUCGCAUGAUACAACCAUCAGGAUAUGGAAUAUUGAAUAUGGAACCAUAAUAAGGAUAUUAUUGAGUCACAGAGGUCCAGUGUGGCAGAUUGCAUGCCAAGGCGAGCUAUUAUUGUCUACAUCACAAGAUAUGACAGGCAAAGUCUGGCGGAUAACACGUUGUCGAAUUUUGCACACUCUUAUAGGACACACUGCAUCUGUCUUUGCCGGAGAUCUGAGCGAUACCGGUUCAGAAGCGGUCACUGGUUCAGCAGAUAAGACCAUUCGGAUAUGGAACUGCCACAACGGACAAUGCAAUCGAACGAUCCAACUCAGCAAAGUCGACCCAAUCGUUGCUGUCAGCUACAGUUCUGGUUACAUCGCAUACGCCCACGGGUCUACCGUUUCGGUUAUUCACCUCACAAACAAUGACUCAAUAUUUGAACAUAGCGAACAUAAAGACAGAAUCGAGACAGUACAACUUAAAAUAUACUCAAACGAGAACCUUCACCCACUUUUAAGUAAAAAGAAGAAGACCUCAACGGAUUUCCAAGGAAUUUUAAUGACUGGUGCGAGAGACAAUUAUGUAAAAUAUUGCAAUCUUGGAGAAUCCCGCACAGUCGAUUCGCUUAAAGGAGAGAAAGGAGGGAAAAUAUACAGUAUACUGUUUGAUGAUCGGAGAAUAAUGAAAACAUCUAAGAAUGUGAUCGUCAUAUACGACUUUAACACGAAUUAG